AUGGCCAAACAGAACCAACAGUUGACAGCUUUGCAAGAGAUCAAUGAUCGGAUUGCUCAGUUGAGGAAAAGAAACAAGGCACGAGGCCAACGUCCACAGCAAGGAGAAAGGAGAUUUGGAGAUGCACCAGAGGCUGUCUAUGUCGAUCCCAAGCCACCAGAUCCUUCAAGAGGAAUAAGCUACCUAACAUGGGAGAGGAACCUUGAUGAAUGGUUUCACUACAACAACAUCCUGAAGGAAGAGAGGCUAUCUUAUGCCCUUGAUCAACUAAGAGGUAAUGCCUUUAAAUGGUGGGUACAAGAAGAAGAUGAUAGAUGGUUUUACAAGGAGCCAGCUAUCAAAACGUGGAGAGCUCUUAAGGAAGUCAUGAGGGAUGAAUUUUCACCAGAACUCACAAGUUCUAAGAUCAAAAAGAUAUACCCAAGGAGGUAUCUAACUCAUGGUUCCAAAGAAAAAUCAGAACCUUUUAUUGUCCAAGUAAAGGCUAAGACAGGUCCUGAGGUUCAGAAAGACACGAUCUCCCCAUCCUUGUUGAGAUCAAAUGUUGUCCAUGAUUUAAGUCCAAGAUACAAGGAGAUUUUAAACCCAAAUAAAGAAGAGCCAUCAAGCCAAGGACUUAAGGAGCAAGAAUUUAAAGAAGAAGAACCACCAGGCGUGACUAUUGUGAUGGACCAGAAGAUUGUUCAAGAGACAAUGCAGUCCAUAUUGCUUAAAGAAGCAAAACCAAAACAAUACCAAGAUUCUUAA